GGCUAGAAAUUAUCUGACGUGGGUGCCACCGACAACCGGAAGUUUACGGCGAGGGGUAAAGCCGUAGGGUGGAACUCCUGGCUCAGUUAUGCGACUCUUCUUUUCGGGGGAAAUUCGCCUAGUCACCCGCCAGGAUCCCCAGGAAAUUCACUCCACUAAUGACGCACAUCGCGGCAUUGAAUGAAGUGAUCCGAACGAUGAACCCGAUUUUUAAACCGUAAAGUCAAUCACCCCAGCUUCCGACGGCGGCCAUUGAUAAGCCUCCACCAGUCGGGGUUUGCGGCGGCAGCAACAGCAGAAAGUCCCCGUUUCAUGAACUCGUUGCGGUUGUUCUUCCCAGAAUCGGCUGCUUCCGAGAGUUGCAAGGGGCGAGGACAAGAGUUAUGUAGAGUUGGAUUGCACUGGGUUUGUGAACAAGCCGGCUCUGCGAUUGUAGGUGAACUUGGAGUUGGAGCGUGACUGAUCGGGGUUGUGAGCUUCUGACACCACGGUAGGAUCCUUAUGGUAGUGGUCGGAGAGUGAUCAGUGCGAUUGUCCAUCACUGGCUUUGCCUGGACUACACAUAAUAGCGUUGAGGAGGGGACUGCGAAGGUGAGGCUUGCAAUGACGGGCCUUCCACUCGACGAAGCGAAGAAGCCGCACUCUCGCCACACACGCAGCCAGUCAAUGCAGGGACGCGAUUCCAAAUCUUCGGCGAGCUUGUGGACCACGAAUCAUUUGUUUUCCCAGGCAGAUUCCGCACUCCAAGCUCCUAAACCCUCAUCCGACAGUCCUGUCCGCCGAGGUAGUAGCCGAAUGAGGACGAUUGAUUCUCCUCUUAUUUUCAACAGUGGGGAGUCUUUUCACGACGUAAUUAGCAGCUCAGGAAGGUGCCGGCCGUUUGGUAUAUUUACCAGCGGUUUUUCAGACUUACUGUCAUGUGUGAUGCCUCGCGUCAGUUCGGAAUCGACAGGCUGGACCAAAAGCAGGGCGAAAGCACUCCUUGAACUUAGCAAAAGGCAGCAGUCAGCGCUUGUUAAUCAACAAGACGCAAUUGAUAUGCUUGAGUUUAAGCUCCGUAAGCUUCAGGCGAUUGAUGCGAAAGGCAUUGCGUCGGAGACUUCCAAUAGCUCAGCUGCACAUUCCCCACAGUACUGUGCCAUUAAGAUUAUCGACGACACUAGCUCGGAAAGCUCUGGAACGUCGUUGUCGUCUAAUUGCAGUUCAAUGGAUAGCAGCGAUGGCUCCAUGACUACAUUUGCUACAGCUGAGCCUCCUUUGGCGGAUCUCUGCCGAGAUGCGAAGAAGAGCUUUUCCGAGGACUCGUGGAAAGUAGAGGAAAAGCGUGACAGUUUAUACAUGCCAGGAUUCAAAAACAUGACGAUGAACGACAGAGUUCCGGUUUUUGAAAUGGCAUGCACUCGUGCUCGAGUGGCCGUCCGGUACUUCUGCAAAGUCUUCAUGAUGCAGAUGGAGUAUUCGGGGUACUCUGUGUGCAGGACACUCGCGUCGAUUGAUGCGUCAGCAAAAUUUAUGAAAAGGGAGCAUACGUCGUUCGCAUUGGAGGCUAACAUAAAUAAGGCGUUGUAUCACUGUUUCGAGAAUGACAGCUUCGAUGACACCGGGUUAACCCUCAUCAUCGAUCCCAAGGAGAGAUGUGCAGCCCGGUUUGAAGAAUUUCAGCGAUUAAGGUUAGUGGAUUCUGUAGAUGCAGCGAAUACAGCACAUGCCGAUUUUGAACCGAAUUUUCUAGCUUUUUGUGAGCAGAAGAUGCGAGAAAUCUGGUUUCUGUUUCCUUGGAACAUAGUUUUCCGAGACACGGAAGGAAGAAAACAAUUCACUGGAGCCUUCCUAGACGCUGCGAAGUGUAUAUGGCUUCUGCAUCGCCUUGCAUCGUCUCUUUAUCCUGCUGCAACAAUCCUUCGAGUUGGCAAAGGCAUGGAGAUUAACUGCCACUACGUAGAGAGUCUAUCAUGCUCGGAAACUAUAUGUACGAAAUGCGAGAAAGCCAAGGUUCAGUUUAUGGUGGCGCCAGGAUUCCAGGUGCAUCAAAAAGUUAUCAAAUGUCAAAUCUACGAACACCUGCUAUGUGACUGACUAAGGGAGAAAUCUUAAGUCGCGGAAGUGCUACUCCUUCCCUAUAUGUCCACGAACAUUGAAAAUAAGAUGCGGCUAGAACACAGUUCAUAACUCAGGGGACAGAACUCAGCUCGACUUCGGCUUGCUAGUCAGACGUCCCUCGCAUUCAACCAUGGAUCAUUCGAAAUGCGGCAGAUUUCCUACCGCCUACAUGAUAAAAAUGCUCUCUAUUCCCAGUUGGGCUUCAAUGGCUUAGUAAAACCUGUGAAAAGUGAUUCUGUGGCAAGUUACGCCCAUGAAACAUUUUAGGAAACAUGGUUGAACUCCAGGUGAAGGCUUUAUCAUCCACAUCUGAGCGGGUAUUUGCAUUCCAAGGUGCAAGGACAACUUCAACAUUAGUCAACUUGGUCGAAAUUAGUCGAUAUAUUGCUCAUGCGAAGCUUAAUGUAAUCUUAGUUAACAGCAAGUAGCUGUGGCUGUAGCAUUCACCUCCUGCGAGCUCACGUAAGUUAAGUGUACGUCUUCAGAUGAUGACGACAUUGGUUACAUAAACUCAUAUUCUAAGACUUGUUGUAUAAUGACC